ACAAGAAUCGAGAUCUCGAUUGAAGACCAAAAUCAAGCUCAAGACAACAAAAAAAGUCGACGAAGUCGUAUAUUUUCAAUUCUACAUAUCAUUACUUCAAAUAGUUGAAUAAGUGACAAGAAAUGACAGAUAGAUCUCCAGUUCGACAGAUAACACGAUACUUCAGUACACCCUUAACUACGGUUCUUCGAGAUUCAAAAAGUGACGUACAUUUGCAAAAUGCUUUCUACAAUGUUGCAGCAUUUUCGUUUAUUUUUGUUGGUCUUGGUGCUGCAGUGGCGGUGUAUUUUGUUUUGGAAGCUUUCGUCAAACCUUUAUUAUGGGCUGUACUGUGCGGGGCUUUUUUAUUUCCUUUAAAGUACACGUUGUCAAAACUUGUAUGUUCAUGGCUGAGAUCUCUGAGAGAAUCUAAUACACCUUUGCUCGUGGGUUUUGCAAUUCUGCCUUUUCAAGUAUUGAAUGAACUAUCAGCGAUCAUUGGUGUGUUUAUAUUUCGUCACAUCACGGAAUUAUUAUCUUUGACGUGCACAUCAUUAGCCUUAUAUCUGCUAUAUUUAUACCAACCAUUUAAUGAGAUUUUCAUCAUUGUCAGUGGAAUUGGAAUGUUUCUGUAUCAAGCUCUUGGUUAUUUCUCGAAUCCUUUAUGGGUAUGGUCUGUUGUCCUUUGUUAUUCUAUCAUUGUUGUGUUUUUUUGGACACCAUCAUAUACAAAAAUCAUCACAAUCUUUGCAUACCCUGUUUGGAGUGUGUUUAUUCUACACGUGGCAUCCAGUGCUGGGAAGUUCAAAGUUCCAUUGUUCUUAUUCAUCCUAAUGCUAUGCUGUGUUGGUGCACUUGCCGAGUUAGUUAAGUCUUAUAAAGGUCACAAGUACAAGCUUCAUAGAGAUGGCAGUAAGUUGUUGCGAAAUUUGUCAUUUGCUGCAGCAGCUGUUAUGAAAAAUCAAAAUUCUGAAUCUGAAGAUGAAACUGUAAAGGGAGAAAAAACAAAAGAUGGGCCAAAAUUAACGAAAGAUGAUCACGUGACAACAGACACUGUCGAUGAAAAAACUCCCAACAUAAAAGCUAGUGAUCUUUUCUUCCUCGCGUUGUUCUGGGCCACUGGAUUUGUGUGCAUUGCAAAGAACCUCUGGAUAUUAGAACUAUUGACUGUUCCCUUUGUCAUAUAUGUGGGGAAAAAAUUGUUGGUAUGGAUUGAUAAUGAAAAUGCCUUACAUGAAUAUGUUUGCACAUUCUCUGCGAAACUGAAAGUUUGGGCAAAAGAACGGAAAGAUGUUCUUGCUCCAGCUCCACUGAGAGGAAUAACAAGGACUAUAUUAUUGGGAGAUAAAAAGAUGGUGUUUUGGGUCGAGCAGUUUGUUGACAAACUAAUCAGCAUAUGUAUGAUAUUCUUUCUUAUUCUUGGUACAAUAAUGUUUGCUGCAGUCAUAGCUAUCCAGGUACAAAGAGAAAGUCUACAUUUGGUGCAAGUCAGUGGUGAUCUUGUCAAUGAUGCCAUGAAUGAAUAUCCAGAAUUUUUUAAGCAAUGGGCUCCUGAAAACCAAGACUUUCACCAUAUCAUUGAUAAGGCUGUAGAUCAAAUGUUUUUUCAUGGUCGUGAUUGGCUGGCGAAUAAAGUUGAAAAUAUUGGUGGGACGACCCAAAGAAAUAAUUCGCAGUUAAGGAAACACAUACUUGAAUUAACUGACCGUCUUUAUCAAAGUUGGAAAGAGUUACCCGAGAAAGAGAAUAGUUCUGGCUCCGAAUCUCAAUCGGAAAAAAUGACAAUAACAACGAAAUCCAACUCGACCGCUGCGCUUAAACGAGCUGUCCCAUUUGGUUUGUCCUUACGGGGUAUCUAUAACACACUGACUGUAAAGCAGAAGAUUGAUAUCUGGACUGUGUUAAAUGUUGUCAAAGAAAAUAUUGAUGUUUUGAUGUCUGUUUUGGAAUCAGUUUGGUUAAUCUUUAAAAGUAACAUGAAUUUGGCUUUCAAUAUCAUCACUGUCUUGUUAUCUGUAGUGUUUUCAAGUGGCACAUACCUUCUCAAUGCUGGUUUCUCCACAAUUGUCUUUUUGACAACGUUGUUUUAUCUUCUAAGUUUUUCUCAUGAUCAAUAUUUACCAGUGCAUUGGGUUAGCACGGUGUCUGGUGAUGAAGCAACGCUAUGAGAGAUUAUUUAUACGGCAAUAAGGGGUGUAUUUGGUGCUUCGUUAAAAAUGGCUGCAUUUUAUGGCUUGUAUACCUGGCUUACUCACACUUUAUUUGGAGUGAAAAUUGUUUUUAUUCCUUCAGCGAUUGCAGCCGUAACCGGGGUCGUACCGUUUGUUGCAUCUUAUUGGGCCGCUGUUCCAGCUGUCUUAGAACUAUGGCUUAUUGACAACGCAGGAAUACAAGCUGUUCUUCUUGUGAUAUGUCAUAUUCUCCCGACUUAUGUCGUUGAUACUGUUAUAUAUAGUGAGAUAAAGGGUAAUGGUGGUCACCCAUAUCUUACUGGUCUCUCAGUUGCUGGAGGAAUAUAUUGCCUUGGUUUAGAAGGAGCUAUUGUCGGACCUAUUGUACUUUGUUGUCUUAUAGCAGCAUUCAAUGUUCAGAUAUUGAUUAUGCAUGGUUCUGAUGAAAAUCUCAAUCGCCAGAGCAUAUUUAAAGAAGAAAUUUAAUGUAUACAUUACCUUGUCUGUUCUUAUUUAUGAAAUUGGUAUUUAAGUGUAUUUAAUGAUUUUAUAGUUAUUAUUAUUUUAUAUGUUAGUCACAUAUAUUUUGAAGAUCUGCUCUAUGUCUAUAUGCUUGUAAAUACAGUCACAAAUCUAAUGUCAA